UUCUGCCACACUGGACGAAUUCACGGCUCGCGCAAAAUAUUCCGCCCGCAGGGGGGUGCAGCGCUGCCGACCUGGACCGGGACGGACAGGCUACACUCGCUCGCACACUACACGUCAGAGGGGUAUUUUUUGUGUGGAACGAGGGUGUGGCGGUGUGGAUAUCGGGACAGUUCGUAGUCUUUCGCUUUUCCAGGCUUUUUUUUAAAGGGGAUAAUAUCGCUAAGCGGCUGUACUCGAACCGGCAGGAGUGUGAUGAGAGGAGGCACAGCGCCCCCUGUCUUCCUGUAGCUGAGUGGCACUCAGCACCCCUUCAGCGUUCGGGGGGUACAGAUCCCCCCCCAAAACCUUUGUGAGAUUCCAGACUGGUCCCCUGUACUGCCCUCUGCUCUGGCCCUUCCCCCCCCCACUGACCGUACCCAGCAGAGCGAGGCCCAGGACGAAGAGGAAGAGGAAGAGUGAGAGGAAGAGGAGGGGGGAGGAGGCGUCAUGGACGACAUCUUCACCCAGUGCCGGGAGGGCAACGCUGUGGCCGUUCGUCUGUGGCUGGACAACACGGAGAACGACCUCAACCAGGGGGAUGAUCACGGGUUCAGCCCCCUGCACUGGGCGUGUCGGGAGGGCCGGUCGGGCGUGGUGGACAUGCUGAUCAUGAGGGGGGCGCGCAUCAACGUGAUGAACCGCGGAGACGACACGCCCCUCCACCUGGCGUCCAGCCACGGGCACCGUGACAUCGUGGCCAAGCUGGUCCAGUGCAAGGCCGACCCCAACGCGUCCAACGAGCACGGAAACACGCCCCUGCACUACGCCUGCUUCUGGGGGCAGGACCUGGUGGCCGAGGACCUGGUUACUAACGGCGCCCAGGUGAGCGUCUGUAACAAAUACGGAGAGACUCCUCUGGACAAGGCCAAGCCCCACCUGAGGGACCUGCUGAAAGAGCGUGCAGAGAAACUGGGGCAGAGCCUGACGAAGGUCCCGUUUAAGGACAGCUUCUGGAAGGGCACCACUCGAACCCGCCCCCGAAACGGCACUAUGAACAAACUUGCUGGAAUCGACUACAAGCAGCUGUCUCUGCUGACCAAGAUCAACGAGAACCAUUCAGGAGAGCUGUGGCAGGGACGCUGGCAGGGCACAGAGAUUGUGGUGAAGGUGCUGAAGGUUCGAGACUGGACCACCAGGAAGAGCCGGGACUUCAACGAGGAGUAUCCCAAACUCAGGAUAUUCUCCCACCCCAACGUGCUGCCCAUGCUGGGGGCGUGUCAGUCUCCUCCCGCCCCCCACCCAAUCAUCAUCACGCACUGGAUGCCCUACGGGUCCCUCUACAACGUGCUGCACGAGGGCACCAACUUUGUGGUGGACGACCCGGCGAUUGAUGAGGACAUGACAGCCAGAAUAAGCAUGGCGGACGUGAAGUUCUCCUUCCAGUGUCCCGGCCGCAUGUACUCCCCCGCCUGGAUGGCCCCGGAAGCCUUGCAGAAGAAGCCGGAGGACAUCAACCGCAGGUCGGCGGACAUGUGGAGCUUCGCCGUGCUGCUGUGGGAGCUGGUGACCCGGGAGGUGCCCUUCGCUGACCUCUCCAACAUGGAGAUCGGCAUGAAGAUUGCCUUGGAGGGACUCCGCCCCACCAUCCCCCCCGGGAUCUCGCCCCACAUCUGCAAGCUGAUGAAGAUCUGCAUGAACGAGGACCCGGCCAAGAGGCCCAAAUUCGACAUGAUCGUUCCCAUCCUGGACAAGAUGCAGGACAAGUGACCCCCGACCCCCGACCCCGGACCCCGGGCCCCGCUCCGGGCCCAGCAGUGUCCCCCGGGGGCGAACACCAGCAUUGCCUUAAAAAAGACACCGCACCACUACGCCGCCCCUCCCUGCGCCGCUCGAACCCUUAGCUUCCCGAGCGCCUGGCUGCACUCCGUACUGCUUUAUUAAUACCACUUUACUGGUUUUGUUGUUAGUACCGCUUGUUGCUGUUUUGUUUUUUUUUUUUACAGAAAAGAGCACUGUUGGCUUUUAUACAUUUCUUUCUCUUCUUUUUCUUUUUUUUAUUAUGGAAAACUAUGUGUCAUUAUUGCCUUGGGGGCAGUGAGCUCAGCAUUUCAUGUUCUGGGGGGGGGGGGGGGUUCAUGUUUUUUUUUUGGAAACUCACCAGACCUGUGUCUGACUCGCGUUUGAACAGCUUUUAACCCUUUAGUUGCUGGGUAAGUUUCGAUAAUGCUUCUGCAGAUUCUUGGCCAUUUUCAAACCAACGUGUUACUGACCAAAAUGUACAAUCAUGUGAAAGACCACGGCUGUUUAUUUUUUAAUUGUUAUUAAUCUGCUGGAAUUUUACUUGUGUCUAGAAGGUGGAACUAUUUCAGUUGAUUAUUUAAAUUCAGCCUAAACUCAGGCCAGCCCUUCCUGAUUGGCGGGUUGAUUGACAGAUUGUCUCCCCAAACCUUUUUGAUGAUCAAAUUACCCUUCUUAAGAGGAAAAAUCAAAUUUGAGGGGCCCUGGUGUCUGGAAAUGGACCCAAAGUAGAUGGGCGUGUGUGGACAUGCAGUGUCCUCUUUUUGCAUGGUUCUUCAGAUAACUGAAAAUAACCCAGCUAUUGGGUUGGGCUGGGCUGUUGGGUUGAGCCUGUGGCAGACAUGGUGGCCAAACAGCAGGGUAGUUGGAGCCACACUCAGGCAUCCAUGUCAAAACCUUCAGUCCAGAGAAUGGAGAUUAAUUAUUCACACAAAUUCAUGAACUGCAUACAGGAAGUGACAUCACUUUUACCCCCUUUCCCAGGAAAUGGCCUCUUAUUUAACUGUGCCACCGCUAGAUAGGUUGAAUGAACUCUAAUGACUGAGCCGCAUGUGACUUCUGUUUUUAUUUUAUUUUAUUUUAUUUUAUUUUAUUAUUGGGGGGUGAGUCGGCAUGUGCACAAUUCUAUAUAUAAUGUUUUAGAGGAACUACAGGACACGCGAUGGCCCUGACUGUUCCACGUCUCCAAGACAACAACUGCUUACUGUUUACUUCCGCUUAAUGUUCACUGUUUAACCUAAAAGGGAGGGGAUCUUGCCUAUCAUAUCUGAGAUUUAUUUUUGUAUUUCAUAUCUUUGGGGGGGAAUCAGGCACUUCGGGAGCGGGGCGUCGGGUUAUUUUCAAGGUCUCCAAUCAACUGGAUGCCAAAUGAUUCUGCCCUUCUGCUCGGUUUGAGUGCUCUAAAAAGACCUUUCUGUUUUCUAUAUUUCGCCCUCAGUAAUUUUCUGGCUUUAAAGAUCGUCAUAUUUGCCACCAUUUUUUAUUCUUUGUUUUUACCGUCUCCCAUGUUGCGGCCUGCUUGUCUGUACUGGACCAGCAGGCAAAAGGGGGGAAAAGCAUGUCUUAUACAAAUGUGUGUAAUUUAUAUAGACGCAUAUUAAAAGAUAAAAGAGA